AUGCAGCGCCGCCGGGCAGAGCCGAGCCGAGCGCCGCGCCGAGCCGCAGGCGGCCGCCAGCMCGGACCCCUCGGCGGGAGCCGCGCCCCCCACCCGACCGCGGCCCUCCCCCGCCGGGAGGGGCCGGCCUCUGCCUCUCGCCGCCCAGUCCCAGGAGCCCCUCCCCCGGGGACCGUGCCCCUCCCUCCUCCAACCCCAGAUCUGCGCGAAGGGAGCGCCCCCAGGAGGGGGACCGACUCGCUCCCCGCCUGGCAGCUCAGCUCUCGGCAGCCCCGGGAGCCCGACCCUGCCCCCCCACCUGACUCCACUGGGUCCGGUUUCCCUUUCCCACCCUCGUGGGAGCCUGGCUUCAGAGGGGACGGGUGCGAUGGAAGGCGGCCUGGGUCCUUCCGCUUCCUCCCCCUGCCUUUCUUCCCGUGUCCUCAGUCGCUGUCCCCGCGCCUUUCAUCUCCCAGCACAUUUGUAAAACCGCGCAGACUGAAGGGCCGCGACACCAACAACCCAAGAAAUGUCAGCGCGGGGACGGGGCGGGCGGCCGGCGCUGCGGGGCGGGGCGGGGCGGGGCGGGCGAGCCGUCGGGGCACCUCGGGCCCCUCCCGGAGGCGGUGCGGCCCCCCCCCAGGCCCCGGGCCACCGAGCGGGACCUGCUCGGCCACACGGGAGUGCGGGGCGGAGGGGAGGCGCGGGCUGCGUGGACGGGACGCCGCGGGGGAGGUGGGGGGCGCCCAGGGAGCUGGCAGCGGCGCCCUCAGCACCUCGUCCCGGUCCUCGAGGCCCGGGGCCGGCGGUCUGGUGCGAAUCCCGUCGCCGCCACUUCCCCGCUGCGCCACCCCGGGCGAGCGGCGUCGCCUGUCCCUCUGGCUCCCUGGGCCGCUGCAGCGCCCAGCCCAGGUGCGGGGGAGGGAGAAAGCCGGAAGGCCCAUCAAAUCUCCACCAGUGGAGGCCCUCAGGAGGAAUGACAAGAUGCAGGGAGAUGUCAUUCCGGUCCUUGGGCCCGUCUUCCACCCCUCGGGUGCCACCCACCUCUUCCAUCCCUUCAACAAGUGUGCCCGUGGCACCUUCCCCCUAGACACCUGGAAAUGUUCCCGGGAACAGGAGCAGCUCGCCAAGUGA